AAAUGGCAGCAGCAAAAACAACGAAGAGGAGAGAGAAACCGUGAACAGCGAGAAAACUUGACAAACCUGCGGCUCUCCUGGGACAGGUGGGCAGCCUGUACAGCGAAAGAGAGUCACGGGAGUUACUCCGCAUAGUCACCAGGGUCGGAGGGGUCUGGAACAUUAAUGCUUUGAAAAAUCGCAAAUAGGGAGGGAAAAAAAAACAAAACUUACCUCAUUCCUUUAAUUCAAGUGGACUUUUAUCGGAAAUAUGGAAGUGUGUUUAACCAACAGGUUCAUACUGACAGACUGAAUUGGGAAAGGAUGUAAAUACAUUUGUAUUCUCGUUAGGCCGCGAUAACUCGCCCGUUUAGCGGAAGGGGGACGUAGAGAAGAAUAACGUAUAUAUCCUUAAAAACAACCCGUUUAUAUUUUCUAUUCGUCUUAAAUUAAUGUUCAGGGCCUGCUGCAAUAAUUCUGUUCGGGUAGAUUUAAUUUGUAAAACCCAAUAGAUAUUGUGAAGUCACUCGGGUAGGUGGCAUAAAAACCGUUCUAAACAGUAUUUUAUAGCACAGAAAUAAAGCCAGACAUUUUAUUUAUAUCUGAUUUUAUUAGCGUUAAUUUAAGUUUUAAACUGUUGUGCUGUAACGAUACCAAGAAGAUGUCGGAGAACCAGGGAAAUGCAAAUAACAACCCUUUGAAUAACAACGCCGGCGGGGGAAACAGAAUGAGGAACCCCAAUAUCAACCAGAACCCGCUGAUCAACGUCCGCGACCGGCUUUUCCACGCCCUCUUCUUUAAAAUGGCAGUUACCUAUGCCAGGCUGUUCCCUCCGUCUUUCCGAAGAAUCUUCGAGUUCUUUGUUCUACUUAAGGCCCUUUUUGUGCUCUUCAUUCUGGCCUACAUCCACAUUGCCUUCUCGCGCUCCCCCAUCAACUGCCUGGAGCAUGUGCGUGAGAAGUGGCCUCGUGAUGGGAUCCUGCGAGUGGAGAUCCAGCGCAAUUCGAGUCGGGCGCCCAUCUUCCUGCAGUUUUAUGACAUGGACAACUUCCAGGGGCUCAAAGAGCCAGAGGGGGCCCAGGUGGCCGAGGAAGAGGAGGAGGAAGAGAUGACCCUCGAGAUGUUCGACAACCGUUCCGUACAGUUUGAGCUGGACUUUGAGCCCAAGCUGAAGCCGUCUCUGAGCAGCAACAUGGACGCUCUGACACAAGCAGGGGGGCUCAACGACAGCCAGGACCUCUCCUUCACUCAAGCGCCCACUAAAGGUAUGCAGCAGCUGAGAGAGACAGUCUCCGAGUUUGAGAUGCUAACACAAGCAGUGUGGCCGCAGGAAGAGUACAUCGUGGAGUACACUCUGGAGUACGGCUUCCUGCGCCUUUCUCAGACCACGCGGCAGCGCCUCAACAUUCCAGUCAUGGUGGUCACCUUGGACCCCAUGAAGGAUCAGUGUUUCGGGGACGGCUUCAGCCGCUUCCUGCUUGAUGAGUUUCUGGGCUAUGAUGACAUCCUGAUGUCCAGUGUCAAAGCACUGGCUGAAAAUGAGGAGAACAAAGGAUUUCUCCGUAAUGUGGUCUCGGGCGAGCACUACCGCUUUGUGAGCAUGUGGAUGGCCAGGACCUCCUAUCUGGCUGCCUUUGUCAUCAUGGUCAUAUUCACGCUGUCUGUCUCCAUGCUGCUGCGCUACUCACACCAUCAAAUAUUUAUCUUUAUUGUGGACCUGUUACAGAUGCUAGAGAUGAAUAUGACAGUUGCCUUCCCUGCUGCACCUUUACUCACUGUCAUACUGGCUCUAGUGGGCAUGGAGGCCAUCAUGUCUGAAUUCUUCAACGACACGACCACGGCGUUCUACAUCAUCCUGAUAGUGUGGCUGGCAGACCAGUACGAUGCGAUCUGCUGCCACACAAACACCAGCAAGCGCCACUGGCUCAGAUUCUUCUAUCUGUACCAUUUUGCUUUCUAUGCCUAUCAUUACCGUUUCAAUGGACAGUACAGCAGCCUGGCUCUUGUGACCUCUUGGCUCUUCAUCCAGCACUCAAUGAUCUACUUUUUUCAUCACUACGAGCUGCCUGCCAUCCUUCAGCAAAUCCGCAUCCAAGAGAUGCUCCUCCAAAACCAGCAAGCAGGCCAGGGCAACCAGACCACCCUGCAGGACAACCUGAACAACAACACCACCAGCAGCAACGCCACAGAGGGGGUAGCAGGAGGAAGGGGAGCUCCUAACGGACAACCACGGCCACCAGGUGAGACUCCACCCCACCCAAACGGUCUGGCCAAUCGGGGGACAGAAGGAGGAGCCGGGACCCUAAGCGACCUGGACUGGGUGGCAGAAACGGCAGCCAUCAUAACAGAAGCCCUGUCUGCCCCACAGCUGCGUGGUUCCCUGCAGGAGACUGAGGGCAUUGCAAACCUGGAGGAGCCCCUGGGUGGAAGCAUCAGUGUGAUGGCAAUCCUGCAGGGGGGCAACGAGGACACCGAUACUGCUACUGCUACUGCUGCUGCUGCUGCUGCUGCUGGUCUAGUUACUGUAGAGAUCACAGCACGUGGCAAUGGCCAAGAUUUCAGUGCAGCCCCCCAGCUUCUCAACGGGACGUCCUUUCAAGAUCCUCACACAGAGGAGACUAGGGCUGGAGGAGGCAAUGAGCUUGUAGACUCUAGUGGCCCAGAUGGAGUGCGGCAGCCUCCAAUUGCUGAGGCUGCCUCCAAAGAGCAGAAGGAAUACGACUGUGAUGCAAAAACAGAGCCUGAAGCAGCAUAUACAACAGCAGCCAUGACAUCCAGUGAGCAGCCAACCCCUUCUUGAGCUACACUUCGGUUUCAAGACCACAUCCGUCUGUGGCAGCCUUGUGCAGACCCUGAGAACUUUGAAAAUAGAAGCUGGGUUCAGUUUCGAGAGGGGAUGGGUAAGAUAAUGUCCUGUAAGAGGAAGUUAUUUCUCCCCACCACCCCCUGGCACAAAUAUUAAAGCUUUUAUUAAUGUGUGUUUUUUUUUUUUUUUUUUUUUUUUAAGUGGAAUUCUAUUGAAAUCCUAAGAUUUAUUGUGGGCCAGGCAUUAUAAAGAAAAAAGUGCACUAAUAUGGGGGUAUUUUGUGACAUCUGAUUGUGUUGCAGGAAAGCAGAUUGAGAAAAAAAAUAAAUAAAUAAAUAAGAUCAAGGUGGCUGUGCGUGCUUUGAACAGAGUGGUACUCUUAAAGCAAAUGUUGUCUUCUUAUUAUUUUUGUUUUAUAAUAAACUAAUUUCUUACUGUU